GCAACUUGUUUUUAAAAAUUCAGGCAAUGCUGAAGACAGCUCUUCUCCGCUGCGGGUCUUAUCAGUUUCCCCGUCGCAUGUUCUGAUUUCAUCCGUCGCACGCGGGAUUUGCAGUUCAUACAGGGUACAGAUCAUUGAUGAUGUUAACUGAGCAGUUGCUACAGUGAUGUCCCGUCCUCCUCCAGACCCACUGUUCAUCCUGAGGGGUUCAGGGGCCACAGUGAACAGCCUGCACUUCUGCUGUGGUGGGGAUGGGCCACCAUAUCUCUACUCCGGGUCAGGUAAAGGUGCAAUCCAUAUGUGGAACCUGACAACCAGGAGAGCAGAGCGCAUUCUAGAGAGCCAUUCUGGGAACUCUGUUAUCUGGCUCUACACUUUAACAGACAGCAGAAGCAGAUUUGUCAGUCAGGGCCGGGACUUGCGGGUGUGUGUGUGGGAUCUGUCUGAAGGCCGCAGCACAGUGACGGACUCUCUCCUCACGGGCAGUGUGGGGUUCUGUCAGUGCUCUCUGCUGGAGAGCCGAUCCGGAGGCGCUCUACUGGCCCACCCCACAGAAAACACGGAGGAGGUGAGUGUGGUGGAGAUGAGGAGCUGGACUCCAGUUUGCACUCUGAAACCAGAUUCAAAGCUGGGGAUGCUCAUGUGUGUGAAGAUGUGGCAGAUGCACGACUCCAUACAGAUGACCAAUCCUGGGGUCUCCCAGCUACGUAUCCGUGCCGACGGAAAGAUCCUUGCGACUGCGGGAUGGGACAACAACAUCAGAGUGUUUGGCUGGAAGAAACUGAAGCCAUUGGCUGUUCUGCAACAUCAUACUGACAUGGUGAAUACUGUGGCUUUCUCAGACCAUCAGGACCCCCCACAGAGACUUCUGGCCGCAGGGUCCAAGGACCAGCGGAUCAGUGUGUGGUCUAUAUAUAGCGAAAGUUGAGUUUGAAAGACAGAGGCCCACUUUACCAUUUCCUUCAAACUGAUUGUUGCAAAUUACUCUGACUUUAUUUACAUACUUGAACAUGGUGCUAAUAUAUUUUCUUUGAAUGAAAGCGCCUAAAUUAGUGGCUGACUGCCAUUCAGAGGUGGAACUACAACAUAGUCAUUUAGAAAGACGUGUAGCACUGUUGCCGUUACUUGUUUUUCUAAAUGAAUGAGUUCUUAUUGGUAAAAUGCUUCAAAAUCAAACAAAAAAGCAGCUAAUAUAAACACACUCCAAGUGUUUUGUAGUAGUUUACCACAAUCGCGAUAGUUAUUUAGACAUGUUUUAUUGUCAAAGGCAGAGCUUAAAGCGUCCUCUCUGAUCUGUUUGCUUUACUCCAAGCUGAUGUGCUUCAGUAGGUGUGUAUUUGCUCUUGUAGUCGCACCUGAGUGGCAAAGUAAUCCAGCGAUGUUUUUCCAAAUUUGCCUCCAAGUUUAAGAUUGCCCUCUGGACUGACCUGCAUACAUCACACAGGGUUAAUCACAAGGGCUCGGGCUCCACAGACAGGCCUGUUUGUUAGAAAGAUUCAUUGAGCAUGUUUUGUUUCGUUCUUCCCUUUAAGCACAGGAGCUAAUGAAGGCAGCUUUAUUUUCAGCCUAAAGACAAGGUUGACCUCUGUGUUCGGAUGUGUCUAAAAGACAAACUAGUUAUUUUUGCAUUUAUUGCUUUUUCUCUGUUAAUACAGCGCGGCUCAUUCACCAGAGUAGUUUGUCAUUUUUCUUUUUGUUUACUUUUUUUGUACUUUUCCGUUUUUUUUUUUUUUUACACACACAUUAGGAAAAGUGAUAUCUAGUAUUGUUUUCACUAUUUCUAAAUAAGAUUCUUAAGUAUGAAUUGGAACCAACCAAGUCUUAUUCAAAACCAGCUCCGAUUUAGAUGUUUUGGUUCAGGCUUGGUUCUUUUAAUGAUUUGAGAAUGAACGACUUAUGAACUGAUUCUUUUUGGUUAAUCAAUCAAUACAUAAUAAUCCGUGUAGUGUAAUUUUCUAAUGGCUUUUAUGAACCGAUUACUUUGGUGUAUCAUACAAUAAACCAUGACCCAGUGUGCUUUGAUUCACUAA